AUGUUCUCCCUGAAUUCCUGUAGAAGAGGUAAGAUGUCGAUCCAGCCGGGAACAAGAGAUUUGCUGAAGGAAUUCCCGCAGCCGAAAAACCUUCUCAACAGCGUCAUCGGUCGGGCUCUCGGUAUCUCCCAUGCGAGGGACAAGUUAAUCUACAUCCAUACCAACGGUCCGCGGAAAAAGAAAGUCACGCUGCUCAUCAAGUGGCCCAAGAAUGUCGAAGUGGAAGGCUAUGGGGCCAAGAAGAUCGACGCGGAGAGACAGGCCGCAGCGGCCGCUUGCCAGCUGUUCAAGGGUUGGGGCUUGUUGGGACCCCGCAACGAGCUCUUCGACGCGGCGAAGUACCGCCUGCUCGCCGAGCAGCUGGGCUGCGCCGCCGACCGGAAGUGGUUCUCCGAAAGCCACUGGCGGUCGAAAUCGGGGCCAUCCCUGGCUGACCUCUCGACCUGCUGGCGGCGGAUGGAGCCCGAGGACCCCAUGCAGCCCCUGGAGCACAGCCCCCCUCUCCCCAAACCCAUCCGAAAUGAGGAAUUGGAGGAGGGGGAGCUGGAGGAGGGGGAGCUGGAGGAGGGGGAACUGGAAGAGGACGCCAUUGAGGUGCAUAACGGCAUCUCCGUGUCGCGACCGGGAGCCCAGACGCCGCCCAGGGACCUGAGGGAUGGACUCUCGAUGGAGAUGACGGAUGACAACACCGCCCUGCGCGCCCUGACUCAGUUUCCCCUCCCGAAAAACCUCCUCGCCCAGGUCAUCCAGAUCGCCACCUCCUCCUCCACCGUCAAGGAAUACAUGCAGUUCCGGACCGUCGGCACGAAGACCAAGAUCUGCAAACUGACCCUCCGCUGGCCCUGCCCCAUGACCUUCGCGGCCAAGGGCCGUCGCAAAGUGGAAGCGGAGAACAAGGCCGCGGCGCUGGCCUGCCAGAAGUUGAAGAGUCUCGGCUUAGUGGACAAGAACAACAAUCCGUUGAGUCACGCCAUGUACAACAUGACUUCCUUGCGGGAGCUGGGCGAGAACCAGCGGAAGCCCUGCCACAUCAAAGUCCCCGAGGCCACGUUGCGCAAGAUCGAGAACUACCUGAACCACUAUCCCGUCGACUCCCGGGAGUCCCGGCCGCGCCUGGCGGACGACGUGAUGAACCUGAGCAAGGAGAGCAGCGGCGCCCUGAGCGACGCCAUCACGGGGAAAACCUACCUCCCGCUCUCCGAAUCGGAAGAGCUGCGCCUCAGCCAGAACCUGCUGGCCCUCUGGAAACGGCGGGGCAACCUGUGGCCCGACAGCCCCUCCCUGCCCGUGGACUCCCACAAGGAAGCCAUCCUCUCGGCCGUGGAGCAGCACCCGGUGGUGGUCAUCGCCGGCGACACCGGCUGCGGGAAGACCACCCGGAUCCCUCAGCUCUUGCUGGAACACUACCUGCUGGAAGGGCGCGGCGCCCAGUGCAACGUGGUGAUCACCCAGCCCCGCCGGAUCAGCGCCAUCUCGGUGGCCCAGCGCGUGGCCCAGGAGCUGGGCCCCAGCCUGCGGCGCAACGUGGGCUACCAGGUGCGGCUGGAGAGCAAGCCGCCGGCCCGGGGCGGCGCCUUGCUCUUCUGCACCGUGGGCAUCCUGCUGCGGAAGCUGCAGGGCAACCCCCGGCUGGAGGGGGUCAGCCACGUGAUCGUGGACGAGGUCCACGAGCGGGACGUCAACACCGACUUCCUGCUGAUCCUGCUGAAGGGGAUCCAGAAGCAGAACCGGCAACUGCGCCUGGUUCUGAUGAGCGCCACGGGGGACAACCAGCGUUUCUCGGAGUACUUUGGCGACUGUCCGGUGGUCAAAGUGCCGGGCUUCAUGUAUCCGGUCAAGGAGUACUACCUGGAGGAUAUGAUGGCCAUGCUCGGCCGGCAUCGGCACUACGAGAUCAAGCAAUCGGACGACGAGUGUGUCCUGGAUCUCGAGCUGAUCGCCGAUCUCAUCCUUCAGAUCGAUGCCCACGGAGAACCAGGCGGCAUCCUCUGUUUCCUUCCCGGCUGGCAGGAGAUUAAAGGGGUCCAGCAGCGUCUUUUGGAAAUCCUCGGGUCCCACAACAGCCGCUACCUUAUCUUACCAGUUCAUUCCAACAUCCCCAUGAUGGACCAGCAGAGCAUCUUCCCCCGGCCUCCCGCCGGGGUCCGGAAAAUCGUCCUGGCCACCAACAUCGCCGAAACCUCCAUCACCAUCAACGACAUCGUCCACGUGGUGGACAGCGGGACCCACAAGGAGGAGCGCUACGAUCUGAAGACCAAGGUUUCGUGCUUGGAGACCGUCUGGGUGUCCAAGUCGAACGUCAUCCAACGACGCGGCCGAGCCGGACGCUGCCAGUCGGGCUUCGCCUACCACCUCUUCCCUCGCAGCCGACUGGAACGCAUGCCCACCUACCAGGUGCCCGAGAUCCUACGCACGCCGCUGGAGAACCUGGUAGUCCAAACCAAGAUCCACCAGCCGGAGAAGACGGCCGUCGAGUUCCUCUCCAAAGCCCUGGACAGCCCCGACAUCAAAGCGGUGGACGAGGCCGUCAUCCUGCUGCAGGAGAUCGGAGUGCUGGACCACCGAGAGGCUUUGACCACGCUGGGCAAGCGCCUGGCCCAGAUCUCCACCGACCCCCGGCUGGCCAAGGCCAUCGUGCUGGCCUCCAUCUACCGCUGUAUCCAGCCACUCCUCCUCAUUGUCUCCUGCCUCACCCGGGACCCCUUCAGCAGCAGCCUGCAGAACCGUACGGAGGUGGACAAGGCCAAGGCCGUUCUGAGUCGAGAGAGCGGCAGCGAUCACCUGGCGUUCGUGCGGGCUGUGGCGGGCUGGGAAGACAUCCUGCGGCGCAGAGACAGCCGUGCGCGUGACGACUAUCUGCAGGAUUAUUCGCUCUACGCCCCGAGUUUGCGCUUUAUCAACGGCCUGGUGAAGCAGUUUUCCGAAAACCUCUACGAAGCCUACCUGGUCCCGACGCCUUCGGAUUGCCUCUUGCCGUCCUCGGUGUGCAACCAGUACAGUGAGGAGGAGGAACUGGUGAAGGGGGUCCUGAUGGCCGGGCUGUACCCCAACCUCAUCCAGGUCCGGCAAGGGAAGGUGACCAGACAGGGCAAGUUCAAACCGAACAGCUAUACAUACCGGACCAAAGCGGGGACCGUCCUUUUGCACAAAUCCACCAUCAACAGGGAGUCCUCCAAGCUGUACAGCCGUUGGCUGACCUACUUCAUGGCGGUCAAGUCCAACGGGGGCGUCUUCGUGCGGGACUCCUCGCAAGUACAUCCGCUGGCGGUGCUGCUGAUGACCGAUACGGAUGUCUACGUGCGGGACGACGGCUGGCGGGCCACCAUUUCCUUGGUCGACAGUGACCUACUGGUGCUGGAAGGCGACUCGUACACCAUACGGCUCCUCCGCGACUUCCGGGUGGCGCUGUCCCGGAUGGUGGAGACCUGCCUCUGUUACGAGAUGGCGGCCAUUCCUGGGGACCUCCACCACCAACACAGCCAGCUCUUGGACAUCCUGGUGGACCUGCUGAAAGGCCCUUCGGCCAACUUUGGCGCCUAGGAUUCUGGACCUGGGGACUUGUAAUUUGUACAAAGAUGUUGAGAUAUGUUUAUU